AUGCCGGUUCCUAGGCAGUCGUCUGCGUCUCAUUACCCGCGUCUUGCAAAUUCGGACAUUGUCCCUGCGCCGUGGACCGGUUCCAGUCGCAGGACCAAGUGUUUGCAGAGCAGUGCGACCUGGACGUCAUCCAGCGGCGACCUGGCCAUGUUUUCGGACACUGAUGAAAUCGAAGACAGGCAACACUUUGUGGUGGAGUACAACAGGUUGGCUAAAAAGGUUCGUUUGAGACUGGUCUCCGUGCAAUUCUCA